AUGAGUUGUUCACAUUCCUCACAUCUGACUGCCUCUCUGUUUUGGACAGAUUCACCAUCUCUCUUCACUUUUCCGGAGACGGAUGAGAGUUUAAUUUCGUUGAUUCGGUGUACAGGUGGUGUCUCUUUAAUGUUUGCAUCACAGCUCUUGCGAAUUCUUCAAACUUUUCCAACUAAUGUUAAUAAUGAAAUCUGUAAUUUUGACACAGAUGAAGUGAAGGAGAAGAACACCAUGAAAGAGAGCCCAAAAAGGACAUUUGUGUUGAUGAUGGAAUCCCUCAUGAUGACAUCAUCAAUCAAAGUCUGA